AUGGCCGACAUCAAUGGCGACUUAGGCCCCCAUACAAAUGGUCAAAACGGGCACAUUCCAUCCUCCCCCCCAAGUCAACCUACAGCCACGCCUGCCACAUUAGCUCAUCCCUCUUCUUCUGCGCAUGCCUCGUUAUCCCCCGUCGCAAGCCCCAACGUCCCUCUUACCUCUCUCCAAGACAAUGGCUUAUCCAAACGACCCCGCGAUGCUCGCCUCAUCCACAUGCUUCUUUCCUCCCUCGGCGUAGCCGCAUAUCAAGAACGCGUUCCUCUCCAACUUCUCGAUUUCGCAUAUCGCCACUCCUCUUCGAUUCUCUCCGAUGCAUUACAUCUUUCCUCCGACGCCUACGUAUCACAACAAACACGCGCACGCGAUGCGCCACCCGGUGGUGGAUUUAGAGAUGCAGAUGGGCAGGUUAGCGCAAACGCGGUGCAAUUGGCCAUUCAAAGCAGAUUGCAGUAUCAAUUUGGCGCCGGCAACGGUGGCGGAUUGAGCAAGGAGUUCUUAUUAGAAACUGCGCAGGCGAGGAACAAAAUUGCGCUUCCAAGAGUUUUACAAAAUGAAUGGGGUGUGAGAUUACCGGCCGAGAGAUUUGUUCUUACGGGCGUGCCAUGGGGAUUGAAGGAUGAGUGGGUGGAGGAUGAUGGAGAAGAGGAGGGGCCGAUUGGAGAGGGCAUGGAGGGCAUUAUAGCUACGGAAGAGGACAAUCUCGAAGGCGAUGAGGAGGGCGCUGGUGAUAUGAAUGACUUAUUUGGCACGGGUGGAGAUAUGGAUGAGGAUAUGGAUAAGGAAGAAUAA